AUCCGUUCAUUAACUAGUUUUCAGUCCCCCUGCAGCUUGCGUUUAAGGAACUCCUUCCGACUGUUCGAUUUGUUUUGGUGGACGCUGAUUGAUUUCGUCCAGAUGGCCUCAGAUAGUAAACAACCUGUUGUCUCUACAGCCUGGUUGAAUGAUCAGCUGAGAAAAAAGCGAGAUGACUUAGCAAUUUUGGACGUGACGUGGUUCAGCGACAAGAAUACUAUCCACCAUUUCUCAAAGUAAGACUUGAGACCUGCGUUACAGAGCUAUUUUGAUCAACUGCAGUGUAUUCGGUCAACAUUAGUAACAAAACUCCCCAAAAUUCUAUUUUUACGUCCUGGUCGAUUCUAGAUCUCAAUAAAAACGGCGAAAAAGAAGCAGAUUUGGCAAAAAUACAGCAAGUGAAGGAAACCGAAAGAAUCAAAUAUUCCACAAGUCUAGUGAGCCCCCAUAUGGAGACUGAGGAGCGAGGGGGCGGGGUCGCUUUGAACCAGGGCUUGUUGACAUCAAAUUGCCAAGGUUUUACUUGAGCAUUGCUAGAUGAGAUAGAUUUGGAGAUCAAUUAGUCGUUUGUAUAUUUAUUUACUUUGUAUUUUUAUACCCUCAUGAUUUAUAUUUAAGUUCACAUGGCAACCAGGUGGACAAUCAGACAUGGUUUGAUGCUACUCUGAUUUAAAGAUUUAAUGAGUGUAAUGGAAAAGUUACAAUUCAUAGACCCAACGUUUCGACACUCCUGUCCAGUGCCUUCAAUAAUCACUUCAUCAUGAUUAUUCAUUUCUCAUUUUAUCUCUUAUUUUAGUUUUUCCCCUUGUUGUGCUUUCCCCAUGUGCCCUUCUAUAUAUAAAUCUGAAGAAGGAUCUAAUGUUCCCAAAAUUGAGACUGAGUGGUUUGAUUUCCUUAGGAAACAUUUAAUGUAUGCUUCACAAAUGGACAUCUUCUAUGGAGUGGAAAAUACUUCUUUGUACCCUCGAAAUAUUCCUGAUGCACCAACCUUCCAGAUGAAUGCAAGAGGCAGUGCAGUGAAUAAUGACAAUCAUGUUGUUAUUUAUGAAAAAACAGGGAAGUUUGGGUUUUUUACAGGUGCAAGAGCUUGGUGGCUGUUUAAGGUGAGAAUGCUCUUGGGCUCAUCUCUUUAAUCCUUUUACUACUAUGAUUUCAUUAGAAAUUCUCCUUACUUUCUGCUCUAAAAUAAUUACAAUAUUACUUUGGAGCAUUUGUUAUUGGAUCAACUUUAAGUUCCUUAAAUCUAUAUUUUUUAAUUCUCAUUUCUUUCCUGAUUGAUUUGUAAUGAUAUUGUAUGGAGAAAUUCUGUCCUGAUCACUCCUGGGAGUUAAUGGGUUAAUCUGGAUCUCUAGCAAAUCUACAAUUCUAGUAGCUUAAAAUUAUUCCCCUUUGAUAUCAAGCAACAGCAAACUCUAUAACAUAAUUAUUUUUACUUAAAUCAUAAAAAAUAAAACGAUGUUAAGGCCAUGUUACGGUAGGUUAGCAUUUCAUUAUUUAACUUUCUAACUUGAUUGCUAUUAAGUUUGAUAACACUUGGCACCUGGUAAUAAUGAUGUUGGUUUGAUAACAUUUAUCAAUCCUUAGACAACAGCAUUCUGUUGAAUUUUGUAUAACCAAAUCAGCCCUACUAUUUGGUUGUUUGAUGAAGCUUGUAAUUAAUGCAUUUUAAACUGUUCUGACUGAUAAUAAAUCAGCAUUAACCCUUUGUCAAAAUUUUUAUAAUGAUUUAUUCAAUGAAUUAAAUUUUGGCAGCUGUUUGGGCAUGAAAAUGUAUCAGUUCUUGAUGGAGGUUUGGAAAAGUGGAUUGCCGAUGGAUAUGAAACAACAAAUAUCAUGUUCAAAAAAAAGGUAACAAUUACUUUUUAAGCUCUUUACCCAACCACCAUUAAAAAAAAGUUUCUGGAAGUUUUUUCAUCUGCCUCGAGGACCAACAGAAUGGAACCAUAAUCCAAUCUAGGUAGACUUAACAAUACUUGAGUUCAAACAGGUGAUUCAACACAAAUAAUGAAUGACCCUUUUUUUCAUAUAGGAGGGUGACUUUACAGCAAAGUUGACUCCGAGAUGGCUUAAAAGGUUUGAAGACAUGAAAGAAAACCUUACUUUGCAGAAAGCCCAAGUUUGUGACAGCCGAGAUCCUAGCUUAUUUAAAAGAUCAGCUUAUGGUAUUGUAUUUAUCAGAAUUAUUUUGAUUCAAAUUUCUGCUUCAAAUGCUGCUUGAACCUAUUUAGGGAUAAACCCCCCCACACUUUUGAUGGGGUUGUUUAGAAUUGAUUUUUUAAUGUGAAUGCCAGAGGGAUUUUCUUUUUUUUUUUUUUUUUUGUAGAUCCCAAGACUGGCCAUUAUCCUGGUGCCGUGAAUAUUCCUUUCCCUAAGCUAUUUGAUCCUGAUACUAAGAGUCUUAAAAAACUGGAUGAUUUGAAGAAAGGUAUGAUGAUAUUAAAAAAUAUUACAAGUGCACAUAGGUUUGUUGACAACCAUCACUUCUUUUACAUGUUUUUUUUUUCAAAUUUAUUUUAAAUUAUUAGAAUGAAUACCAUAAACAAAUUAACACAGCACUUAAGUUAAAUAAUCCUUUAACUCCCAUGAGUGACCAAGACAGAAUUUCUCCUUACAAUAUUAGGACAAUAUCAAGCAGACAGAUGAUGAGAAUCAAGAAAAAUAUUAAUUUGGGGAUUAUUGGUUGAUCCAAUACCAAAUUCUCAAAACUAACAUCACAAAAAAACUAUAUGGCCGAGAGUAAGGAGAAUUGCUAAUGAGGGUUAAUAUUUCAUAAAUAAUUUAAUUGUGUAUAAAGAGUUUUGUGUCACCUAUCAUACUUCUGUAGAAAUUGUCAGUAAUUAUUUUUCUUUACAUCCCUAUUAUUUUGAUUCAUUGUUUAUUCCAAUUUGUGGAAUAAAACAACAAUGAUUAAAUUAAAUGUUACAAUAUUAAAACUUCAAUAGACCAGAUUAAGAUGAAUUGAUAGCUUUCAGCAUAUCAGACAUAUCUUUCAUACUGUUGAUAGUAUUUCAAAAUAAUGAACAAAGAGUUUAAAAAACUGGAUCAUCCUGUCAGCAAAUUAGAUGUAUCAAAUAGAUAUAACCUGUAACCUUUUUUUGGAAAUUAUUUUCUUUCUUUACAGUUUAUACAGAUGCGGGAAUUGACCUCAGCAAACCAUUGAUAGGAAUGUGUAAUAGUGGCAUGUCAUCAUGCUCUUUGGUACUUGCUGCCCAUCUUUGUGGAUGUCCUGAUGUGGCAGUCUACCAUGUAAGAGAUUUAAAGUUCAAUUUGUGCACCAUAAGUUUAAGGUUUAGGUGUGAAAGUCACUAGUCCCAAGGUUAGGGGACUUAGGAAGUGUUACACAUUUAAGUUUUUAUCUGUGAACCCCCAACCCACUGUGGAACAAAUCUUACUAUUUUAUGUAUGGAGAAUUUCUGACAGAAAGGUUUACUGGUCUUCGAAAAUCUUCCACUCGGUACCUUGGUCACAAUUUAACUUACACAAUAAGAAUGUGAAAUCAAUGGGUGAUGUUUACCAAAUACAUUACUGAAGAAUAUCAAAAGUGCUUGUAAACGUUUAAAUAACAGAUUUCCUACCCUUUUACAAAGUUACUUCAACUGGUGACAUCCCCACUCCUUUUUCUUGCAUAAUGCUCCAAAAUGGCAUCCCUGUUGCGCCAUCAUUUGAGAGUACUUCCAACCACAAGCAGAAUAAAUUGUGUUUUUCACUGGAAUGCAUAAUUUAAUUUUUUUCAUUGAUUUCUUUGGUGUAAAGAUUGAAGUACAACUUCAUUCAAUACUCAGCCAAUCCAAUGAUGCUUUAUUCUCCAAUCUGUAUGUUUCACAUAUUGUUUAUGUCUGUUUUUUUGCCUCUAUAGGGGGGAUUCAAAGAAUGGAAAAAAAGAGCUGACCCAAGUGAAAUUGAGUGA